AUGGGCGCGCAGAGACGUGUUGUUGAAGAUCUGCGCUCGAGGCCAAGCAUAUCUUGGAACCGACCCCGAUUCGGUGGUGCGGCCCGGGUAGCUGGAGCCGGGGAGCGAGGCGUCCCAAGCUGCAGCACGGAAGCUUUUGCCGAGACCCAGGACUGA